CGGCCAGGCCGAGCGAGAGGCGAACGCAUGCUCGCUGCAAGCGCAAGGGUUGUGGCGCGUUCGCCGUGUAGUAAAAAGUGGCCCGCGAAGCGAAGGCUGCCGGAGUAGCAGUCAAGCCGUUCGCAGCCGAGCAGCAGGCCAGUGUCGGACAUGCCCACCGAUAUCACUUGACCCCGCGGGUCACGCGCCAAACCGAGCCCGAAUUCAUCCGCGCAUUGUCGUCUGCAGCUGUCAUGGACCCGCGGACUGUGCGGCUUGGCUGAUAUGGAGGGAAUCAACGACUCCCUGGCGCUCGCCAACCACUCGCUCCGUGCUUGGAACAUUACAAGUGCAGGUGCCGACGCCGACCGCGCCAAUGACACCGACGGACACUAUUUAUCACCGCAUGAGCUGCGGCUCAUUACCAUGGUGUCAACGGCAGUCAUCCUCGGACUCGUCAUCCUAGCCACCAUCAUUGGCAAUGUGUUCGUGAUAGCAGCCAUCCUACUGGAGAGACACUUGCAGAACGUGGCCAAUUACCUGAUCCUGUCGCUGGCAGUAGCUGACCUCCUGGUCGCGUGUCUCGUCAUGCCCCUGGGCGCCGUCUACGAGGUCUCGCAGCAGUGGACGCUCGGCCCUGAGCUGUGUGACAUGUGGACUUCGAGCGACGUGCUUUGCUGCACCGCGUCCAUCCUUCAUUUGGUCGCAAUUGCGGUUGACAGAUUUUGGGCUGUGACCGACAUCGACUACAUCCAUCAUCGCAACCCGUCCCGCAUCGGCUGCAUGAUUCUGAUCGUGUGGACGGUGGCGUGUCUGGUGUCGGUGGCGCCUCUGCUGGGGUGGAAGGACUCCGGGUGGCACGACAGGGUCAACCACGAGAGCAUGUGCAUGGUGAGCCAGGACGUGGGCUACCAGAUCUUCGCCACGAUGUCGUCCUUCUACGUGCCGCUGCUGGUCAUCCUCUUCCUCUACUGGCGGAUCUUCCAGACGGCGCGCAAGCGGAUUCGCAGACGCAACGUCGGCAUGAAGACUGCGGCGGCCGCGGCGGCCAUGAGCGCCGGCAUGGGCGCCGGGGUGAUGUGCCGGCCGCCGCCGACCGUGUCCGAGACGACGGCCUUCACGACGGUGUCGUCGACCAACACCAGUCCUGAGAAGACGUCGGCCACCAACGGCUUGGCGCCCGACCCGCCCACCAUGGACGGCUUGAGCGGCGUGUCGCCACAGCCGGCGCACCAGCAACACCACGCGAAACGCAAGGCCAAGGCGGCCGCGGCCGACUCGAAGCGCGAACGCAAGGCGGCCAAGACGCUGGCUAUCAUCACGGGCGCCUUCGUCAUUUGUUGGCUGCCGUUUUUCAUCAUGGCGCUGAUGAUGCCGCUGUGCCCCACCGAGUACUGUGAUUUCAACAAGUAUAUGGUGUCGUUUUUCCUGUGGCUCGGCUACUUCAACUCGACCCUCAACCCCAUCAUCUACACCAUUUUCAGUCCCGAAUUCCGGCAGGCGUUCAAAAGACUACUCUGCGGCAAAAAGUACAACCGUGGCCGUCACCACGUCAGAUACAUGCAAUGAUAGCGCGCAGAGAUGGGCGGCAACGCUGCUGGCGGCCGUGCCGUCGACCUCUGCCGCGAGGAGACUGAGUUUUAAAAGAGAAAAAGAUCGCCAGCCCCUUUGUGCAAACUGCUGUGUGCGUUGUGCAUUUAGUUGUCCACAUAUCGACAAAGUUUGUGGUGCGAGAAUUCUGGGAAUGCCAUCCCGAAAGUGAAUCAUCAAAUGCUUACGCUUACUAACUUUAAAAUGAGAGCCAGUUGUUGAAAUCAUUACCCAGUUACGAUAACAAAAUUUCGCUUCCCCUUGUCAAAUGAUAAAUUAUUCGAAUAGGAGCAAUUAAUUUUUUUUUUAGAUUUCAAAUGAACAUUGACUUAAAUUCCACUCUCAGUGAAUUUAUUUCACUCUCAGAUUUCGGUGAUUCAAGCCAAACGUUAACAUUUACAACAAUUUGAACAUUAAAUUGCUGCUUUUUCACUAUGGAGAAAUAAAAUUAAAUCCAAUAAAGCUCUCAAAUUAGCCGGUGAAUUGUGAUAAUUACUAACUGGUACUUAAUUUCAUCAUUUAUUUUUACGAACCCACAACACUUUUGAAUUGAAUAAUCUAGUUUGCAACCAUUCCAAAUGUACAAGCAUCAAAAUCUUCCCUAUAUUUUACCACGGCGCAAGUUAUCCAACGCUGGAAUUGAUUACCAAGAGCUUUUUGCGACGCAGAGAAUGAUGAUGUAAUAUAAUUAAGAACCUCUCUCUCUCUCUUCAUUGUAUACUCAUCAAUGUUUAUCACAUCAGCCAAGCACAUUCACUCGCCCUUCUCUUCCAGACCCUCUCGCACUGUAGGAUAUAAUAAUCCUGGUCGGCGCGUAUGUAAGAAAUGACUGUACCGCCCAUUAAUUUCUCGAGCUGUGCUCGAGCGAGCAUUUUUAUAUAUUUUUUAUACAACGUCUGCACAAACCUGAGACUAACGAUGUCAUUAUUAAAGCAACUCCAGGCACUACCCUUGAUCGAACAGAUACAAUUAAAGCGACGAGAACGUUUGCGUAUCAGAAAAAAUUUUGGCCGGUCUACAAUGCUUUGUUUUGAGCCCCAAGGCAGUGCAGAUGCGGCCAAAAUCGAGUCACAUUUUAACAAACAGAAAAUGAUAUAUAACCGAUUUAUAUUUUUGUCCGUCUGGUGAUUUUUGUGCAAACGGGCAGAUGCUGCUGAUAAUAAACCUUGCCUAGAUCGUAGGACAAACAAAAAUCUAUCCUGACUGUUGCAUGCUGUAAAUGUCAAACAAUCAUGUUUCAAUGUCGAACUGAGCCCGAAAAUGCCAAAUCAUGUUGAUUAUGUACAGUUGAUAACUGCAAAAUUUUACUCAGGUGUUACGAGCAAAAAUGGUUCAUUCAAAAUACAUGUCACCCUAAAGUAUAACUCAUAUUCCGAAUUGCGGGUCAAUGAUGAUCAAUGUUUGAUUUAGCGUGAAAAAGAAGCAUUAAUGAGAAAACAGGAGCUGUCAUGUAAAAUAAAUGUCUAUAAGUUGCUCACUUA